CGAACAUCACAAGAUGACUGACAGCUUUAACACUGGCCAUGGUGUAUUUGCUUUAGUAGCGGCUUGUGUUUGCAAAUCUGCACCUAUUGAGCAAAGACAGGAUGCUAGUUUAGACAUAACACGACAGAGUAGGAACCAGGUGCCCGUUAUUUCUAGCUAUCUGCUACAAAUUUGUCCAGCACUUGUUAAAGCAGUUCAGUCGUAAGGCUUCUUGCCGAGAUGCACUUCACAGUGGUUUUUGCGCUGAUGUUGCUCAAUGGUUUAACCCUUACCCUGGGAAAUCAAGCAGAAUGUGGAAAGCGACCCAUUACUACCCGUGUAGUUGGCGGAACAGAUGCCCAGCCUAAUUCAUGGCCAUGGCAGAUCUCUUUGAGGGUUAAAGUGCAAGGAAAACUUUAUCACAUUUGUGGUGGAUCUCUCAUCUCACCAACACACGUGGUAACGGCAGCUCACUGUGUGGUACAAAAAGCUGCGCCCAGUCGUUACAAAGUUGUUGUAGGCGAGCAUGACCAAACAGUAACCGAAGGUGCGGAACAAGUAUUCGAUGUAUCGUCGGUUUGUUUCCAUGAAGGUUUUUCCAUGCAGCAUUUACGCAAUGAUAUCGCUGUGCUUACACUUUCCAACCCUGUGGCCCUGAGUGAUCGAGUAAACACUGUUUGUUUACCACAGGGCAGACAGCAAGUGCUCACGGGAACCAAAUGCUACAUCACAGGUUGGGGAAGAACUAUUGGCGGAGGAAAGCCGGCGAAUAUUCUUCAACAGGCCGUCAUGCCUGUUGUGGAUCACCAGACAUGCGCCAAGGCGAACAAGGACUUAGUGCCAGUGGAUGAACCAAGCAUGCUGUGUGCAGGAUACGCGACAGCAGGCAAUGUGAUCAGUGGAUGUCAGGGUGACAGUGGAGGGCCAUUCGUGUGUGAAGAAAAUGGGCGUUUUGUUCUUCGUGGGGCUGUGAGCUGGGGACACCCUCGGUGUGAAGCAGAGAACUCCUACACGGUGUUCGCUCGCGUGAGCUUCUAUGUGGACUGGAUCAAUGACAAAAUGGCUGGAGGUCAUGGCCAAGGAUGUGCUCCAACUCCCGCCCCUCCAACAAAACGACCCUGUUUCGACAGAUGGCCAGAAUCAACUUGUCGAAGAUACAAAGGGCAAUGUGGAGUGCACACUGUUAGGAUCAGUUGUCGUAAAACAUGCAACUUUAAAUGCUAAUUCUCAUUUUUAAAAGAAUAAAGACAGCCCGGCAACACAGGGCCUAAGA